CUUCUCAAGCUAACACGGUACUGCCGUAAAGCGUGAAGUUGUCGUUGCUAUUGGAGACGGGACGGAAAGUAGGAAGUAGUAGCAGGAGUGACAACAGCUGAGGAUAGUUUUGGUGUUCAGAAGAGGUUUAUGUUCGCUGAACGGGGCAAUAUUUCAGUAAACUGAUAUAUAAUACAACACAGUCCUACGAAACCUAAGCUGAAGCCGUCAUGAGUCGUGGCAGGAAUCCUCCACAGAAAGGCCAAGGAGCCGCACGAGCCAAACAGAUGGGUUUGCUCUUGGAUCUGUCUCCGGACGCUGGCCUGGACGACUUGGGCGGAAAUGAGAAGGAGUUAGAGGCAGAGCUUUUUGCUCUGAUAGGAGGAGGCAGUGCUGGGCUGAAAGGGAAGAAAGAGGGUGGGAAAGCUCCUGUCCCCAUGGAGGACAUUGAGCGCAUGGCCGCCCUGUGCAUGAAGGACCUGGACGAGGACGGAGAUGACGAUGCAGACUUGGAGGACGACGCCGAUCUCCUGGCUGAGCUGAAUGAGGUUCUGGAAGAUGAUCAAGAGGAACCAGCUCCUGCACCAAUCCUGUCUCAGUGCUCUAACAUAACCCCUAAAUCCACCCACACUACCCCGAGUGGUGCUGGCGGUCAGGAGUUUCUCCUGCAGGAGCGUAUCAAUAUGUACCAGUUGGCCAUCGCCAACGCCAAAGCUUCAGGAGAGGCCAGUAAGGCUCGUAGAUACGACCGUGGACUGAAGACACUACAGUCCAUGCUGGCUUCGGUGAAAAAGGGAAAACCCAUUAACGAGGAGGAGAUCCCGCCCCCCGUCGCUACUGGGGCUAAACCCACCACUGCACAGCAAGAACCAAUCAGAGAACAAGAACAGCCUGCACCAGAUCACGCCUCCCGGCCAAGGACCAACGAGAAACCGCUGCAGGAGGCGAAGCCUGUAGCCCCGCCCAAACCUCAGCUGCUGCAGCCGCCCAAUCAGAAAACGCCGGCUGUGACGCCAGAUACACCAGCCAUAUCGCCCUUAACUCCCAUCCAGCCCAGUGCCCAGCAUUCAGAGCUGAAGUCCAGUGUGUUGAGCAGACAGAGGGAAUAUAAACUGGCGGCUAUUCAGGCUAAACAGAGCGGAAACACAGACCUCGCCAGACAACACCUUGUUGUCGCCAAGAAGUUGGACUCUAUAGUGGAAGCGAUGGACAGAGGAGAGCGUGUGGAUGCCAGCUCACUGCCGCCCCCUCCUGUUGAGCGUUCUCCUCCAGCUCCUCAAUCUGCAUCUGCCAGACCCGCCCCUGCUCCUCCAACCACUGAUAGUCCAGUACCUGACGCUCCCCUUCCUGCUCCCCGUAACCUGGCCGAGGCACUGCAGCAGCGCAUGGACAAAUACAAGAGUGCAGCUGAGAGUGCCAAGAGCAAAGGAGAUGACCGGAAAGCUCGCAUGCACCAGCGCCUUGCUAAGCAAUAUCAAGAUGCCAUUAAGGCGCACAAAGCAGGACGACCUGUGAAUCUAGCAGAGCUACCAGUACCGCCAGGUUGUCCUCCUCUACAGGGUGCCGAAAGCGCAGAGCAAAACUUCCUGGGUGUCCUGGAAACGGCCGUGAAACUGGCCAAUCAGGAUGCAGAUGCAGGGGAUGAUGACGAUGGGCAAGAGGAGGAAGGUGCAAAGCCAGCGGUGCGUCCUGCUGCACAGAAAGCUCGAGCCCCCGCUCCCUCACACUCCUCGUCCCCUGCAGUGACCCCCACGGCCUCCACAGACACCCCCAGAGUGGGGUCUAAAGUUCAGCAGCAGCUGGACUUCCUGCUCCAUCGCAGGCAGCAGUUUAUUAAAGCGGCCCUGCGCUCGAAGCAGAUGAAGGAUGUUCAGGGAGCAGCGCAGCACCUGCGCAACGCCAAGGGACUCGACCACAUGAUCACUGCAGCCAAAGGAGGCCUUCCCGUCGAUAUCAGCAAGGUACCCAGUGCUCCAGUGAGCGAGGAAGAAUACGCUCUCUCUCAAGCUCGCUCGGCCUCUCUCUCUUCCCGCUUGUCCCAGCAGUACGCUCAGCUCAUGGAGCGCCUCAGGCAGCAGCACGAGAAAUGUCUGAGCUACUCGCAGCAGUUCACUCAAAUGGGCAACAUGGCCGAGACCACGAGAUUUGAGAAGCUGGCGGAGGAGUGUAUGAGUAAUAUUGAGCUGCUGAAGAAAGCUCACGCUAAAGGCUAUCCUGUUCCAGGUCACCACACAGAGGAGCGUACCAUCAACACCGUCAAGAUUUUCCCCAAUUUGACUGCCAGUGAGAUGGAGCUGACAAUCAUAAAAGGAAUCAACCUACCCACUCCAGGAUUUUCAGCCCAUGAUUUGGACGCUAGUGUGCGCUUUGAGUUUCCCUUCCCUAGUUCGGAAGAGGCUCAAAGAGACAAAACCAACACUGUGAAAAGCACCAACUGCCCAGAGUUCAGAGCACAGUUUAAGCUGCAGAUCAACCGAACACACCGAGGCUUUAAGAGAGUGGUGCAGACCAAAGGCAUCAAGUUCGAGGUCGUCCACAAAGGUGGCCUCUUCAAGAAUGAUAAGGUGGUGGGAAAUGCUCAGCUGAAACUCGAAGCACUGGAGAAUCAGUGUGAGAUCAGAGAGAUUAUAGAUGUGCUGGAUGGCAGGAAGGCGACAGGAGGGAAGCUGGAGGUGAGGGUGAAGAUUCGGGAGCCACUGAGCGGGGUCCAGCUUCAGCCCGUCACAGAGAAAUGGAUCGUAGUGGAUCCACCGGCCAUCACCCCCGACAGAGAGAGAGCAAGAGAACGGGCACCUUCACCAAAAUCCAAACCCCGCAAUGAUCAAGGAAAGAGCAUCCAACCAGGUCCUUCACCUCCUCAAUACAAACUCCACAGCUUCAGCCUCCUCAACUACGACAAGGAAAGACUAGAGAGGAAGAUUGGUGAGUGUAAGAAAAAUAGACGGGAUCCACCACCAGACCUGCUGAACCAGCAUAAAGAGAUCUGUCAGCGACUGCACUGGCAAAAAUCCUACUUGGGGAGAGGAUCCUCAGCGGUGUUAGCAGAGUAUGAUAGUGUGUUAAAUAAGUUCGCUGUUGGUCUUGCUGAUUCAGUGAAGAAGUUUUCCAGUGAAGGCAACAGAGAAGCAGCUAAAGAUGCACUAGGAAGACUGAAGCUGGUGGAGGUGGAGAUGGAGUCUCUAAGGAGGCAGCGUUCUGCGUGAACAUGUACAGGAGGUGGAAGUUCACGGGCGUCGGAGAACCGUUCUCACACGCAGAGCAUCACCCUUUCUUCUCCCUGCUCUUUCUCUCUCUCUAUAUCCUCUUAUACAAACACUAAUGAUAUUUUAGUCCACAAUCACCUGAGAUUCACUGGACUACUUUACUGAGGAAAAAAAAUUGUACUGGUCUGUAUGGAAGGCCAACGAGUCCGUGUGUUAUUUAGUUUCUCUUAUCUGGAGUAUAUCCAGAUGUGUAACCCUGUCUAACAUCUGUUUAACUAAUUAUUCAACAUUAUGCAAAUUAGCUCCGCAGCACAUCCAAUAGAUGAGCUAUACUUUAAUUUGUUUACAUACAGUUACCUGAAAUUUCUAAUUGAAACGUCUGGCCACGCCCACAAACACGUCUCACUUGCUAGUGGGAAGAAAGGAUUCAGCACCAGCUUGUUAACUCGCCGCUCAGCAUCUCCGGCCCUGUGCACGCGGUCUGUUCUCUCAGUAACGAUUAUUCAUUCAGGAGAAACGAAAGGGAAAAGUCACAGGACAAAAAAACCCCCCAAAAAACAGUAACGCACGGCCUCUGUGGACGUCCAUAUGAUCAGGAUCAGACGACUCCAGCGUCGUAAACACGAAGCACUACUUAUUGUAUCGAAUGUUUUUGAGUCAUGUGACUCUGGGCUUAUUUUUAUAACGACAGAACAGUUUGGCCUGAAAUGAAAUGUACACACUACAGGACCUGUUGGCUGUCUGGCGUAAGGGAAGGGAAGGAAACAUGUCCUGAGAAACAAGUUGUUCUGCUUUAAGAUGUAGCGAGGGUUUUUUAUUUAUAUAUAUAAAGGUGUGUCACACAGGGUCAGAAACUACAGCAGAGACAAUGGAAAAUCUCCUCAAAGCCGAGUGACCAGACACAAGCUUUUUAAAAAAAAAUAUAUAUAUAUAUAUAUAUAUAUAUUUUAGAAACAAGGGUGUAGGCUAUAACCUUAUUCGUUGGUUCCGGUACAGAAGUGCACCCAGAAGGCUCUCGGAUGAUCUUCUUAGCAUUCGGGGUGGUUGUGUACGUUUAGUUUUUGGCCAAACUGCUUCUUUAGCGAUCAUUUGCACAUUUGAUGAGGCGUGUAGCAGUACUGCUACUUUUCUGAUUUCUCCAUCUGCCCUCCUCUGUCUCCGUGCUCUCUGUGCCUUCUGUGAGAGCGUGUGUGUGUGUGUGUGGUGUAAAUCCUUAUAGAGAGCAUAUGAAGAAUAAUCUGGUCUCUGCACUGAGUUUCUGCUUAAUCCUUCCUCUGUGCAGCUCAGCAUGCUGUGAUACAGGGAUAAUGCUAACACUCCACCGGGGAAGUUUAAUGGGACGGGAAUAGAGGGUUGUAUAUGUGUACGUAGGGGGAAAGGAGGAGGGGUGAGGAUCCAUGGUCUGUAAUCGGGGAUUAACCCUCGUCUGGUUGCCCGGGUGACCUUUGAACUACAGUGGAGCGACAAAGCGAACAAUCUGACUGUGGGACGUUUCAUAGCCAGCAUUUGGAUAAAAUGACAGAAGUCCAGAGGAACCAUGCAUUCUUCUUCUUCUUCUUGCAUCAUUAUCACAAUAAACCACAGGGAAUCUAUGCUUGCUAGAUAGCCAAUAUCUACGUAGUACACUCUGGAGCUUCUCCUGCCUACACGAUCCUCGAAACAAAUAACGUACGGCCUCUCUGGACUUCUAUACAUAAGUGAAGCCCUGUCAGGUUUCAGCUCUCGGAUGUGUGAUCUUCCAACUCACCUUCAGCACACCUGAGCCAGGUGAUCAGGUGCAGAUCGUGGUCUUCGGGGACUACGUAGGGAAAUGAGGGCUGUGUCCCAAACACUAGCAACUGUGAGAAAAGAGUUCAUUCUGAAUCCUAAAAUAAAAACAAAAAUAUUUAGGAAAUAGAUUUUUUGCGCCCUGGAAGCUUGCUGGUUAAUCAGCAGAUGAGCUGUUCUCAUACAGGAGAGCUCUCUACCCGCAUGAACCAGCUCCGUUAGCUAAAGCCUGACAGAGAUCGCAGUGAUGCUAAACAAAUGCAACCGAUAUUGUAGCUAAUUUAGCACUUCCUGUUAUUAUACAGUCUGUUAUUUUGAAUGCUAAUACGACUAGAUGCUGUUCCUCAGCGUUAAAACCGACAUGCACGUGUUGGUAGUGUGAAUCACUCGGCUGCUGAAACUAGACCGCGUUAAGAUUCAAAAACAACGACUGUCCUGGGGUAUAAAAAAAGAAAAGCGCAGAUUGUGAGCGAUCUAUCAUUUGGAACAAAGCCGAAUGUACGACUGUAUCGGGGGAGGGGCUAAUUUACUCUGCCUCGUUCUACCUCGUUUCUAAUUCGUCAGCUAGUUACCGAGACCUUCAUGAGCUGGAUCGUUGGUGUCCGAGUUUCGAGUUCGGCUUGGGUUCGUGGUAGCAAAUUUCCUGUCUGAUGUCAGCGCGACACCAGAAUUGCGGCACUUUUGAAUUGCAGCUUCAUCGGUUUUGUAAAUCUGUAACGUAGCUUUUCGUUUGGGAUGAACCAAUUUUCAUAUAUUACUUAACGUUCCCACGUUUUACCUGCAGAGUUUCUUUCAACCCCGCCCCCUCGGCCACCCCUGGUCCCGCCCCCCUCCGAAAACCUCUCCGACGACGUCGGGUUGGGUUCUACCCCUCAAAAUGCUCCAGUGGUAACUCGUUUGUGUCCGUGAACAUUGGAGGCAAAACCAGCGAUCCGUAAAAACCCGGACUAGCCGUAAUUUUUAUUUUUGACAGGAAAUUAGCUCCAUUAAAGUGUUGCUACAAGUAAACCCCCUCAGUGGAAAGCCCUAAUCAUGCAGGUAUCCCGUUAGGAAAGUGUGCGUGGGACAAUCGCAAACCACGUGUUUUCCUUCUCUUUCUUGCACUCACUAAAAAAAAAAAGCCUCAGCGUACUUCCUGCAGAGACAAUACGCCGUUAUUGCGGAGGAAACGGACGUCGUGUGGAGGCAUUGCUCGCCCCACACUAGGUUUGCUCAACCAGGUUCAGUCCAAAAAAUUAUCACUUUAAGGAGCAUUAGUUUUCUUCCAGUAAAUUCUGAACAGCGCCACCUACAGUACUGGAGGCCUCAUACCACCUAUACAAGCUUCACAGACUUCUCUGUAUUAAUCACCCUGAGGCUUUUAUGCUAUAGAAUGUUUAACAUAACAAGGUUCUGGGAUUAUAAUAUACAUUCUAACUUUACAAACACCUUCCUCUAUAAUACUUAAAAAUAUGGCAAUCAGAACAAAUGUAUGUAUGUAUUAAUGUAUGUGGUCUAUUUUUGGCAGCGACACUAUAACACUGUGUAUCCGAGGUGAUUGCUUGGAUGUCUUAUUGAUAUUUACUGCAGAUGUUUUUGGGCAAAUGUCUUAUGAUGACUCAUUAAAGUAUGAUGCUAAAGUA